CCCGCCCCGGCUGUGGCCCCCAGCUGCGGAGAAGUCGGAGGCUCAGCUGCUGCGCUGGGGCCUGAGCGGCUGCCUCCUUCCCAACCGCGAGCCCGAGUCCGGAACGCUGCGCAUAGACCCAGUGUGCCUGCUGGUCUGUGCCCAGGUUGAGAGCCAUGCCAGUCUGUGGGUGAAGUCUGAGACAGUAAUGGAGCCUCUGCAGCAGCAACAAAAGCAGCCACACCAGGCUUCUCUACAGAUGGAUGCCAGAGAGAAGCAGAACCUGCAGACAAGAGAAGCACAGUUGCUGUAUGCCCCCAAACUAACCACCCAGCCUACUCUCCUUUCUGUCACACCUGGGAGACCUUCUGGUAGCCCUGCUCUGGGUCCCUUAGCCAGAGUUACACCAGCCACACCAGUGACCCAAGUAUUUGAGCAGAGCAGCAUCAACUCUGAACCCGAGGAAGGGGAAGGAGGUCUGGAAGACGAAGAUGGAGAUGAUAAUGUUACAGAGGUGGCUGAGAAAGAGGCCCAGGCUGCUUCCAAAUAUUUCCAUGUGCAAAAAGCAACUCGCCAAGACCCCAGAGCAGCACCCAUGUCCAGCCUGCUUCCAGCACCUGGACUCCCACUACAGGGACAACAAGCUAAAGAAGACCAUACCAAAGAUACUUCCAAGGCCCCACCUUCCAUCCCCACAGCUGGGCAGUCGAGCUGGAAUCUGGAUGAGCAGCUUAAGCAGAAUGGUGCUUUGGCCUGGAGCGAUGAUGCUGAUGGAGGCCGGGGAAGAGAGAUCUCUCGAGAUUUUGCCAAGCUGUAUGAACUGGACGGUGACCCUGAAAGGAAAGAAUUUCUGGAUGACCUCUUUGUCUUUAUGCAGAAGAGGGGCACUCCUAUCAACCGGAUUCCCAUAAUGGCCAAGCAGAUCCUGGACCUGUAUAUGCUAUAUAAACUGGUCACAGAGAAGGGGGGCUUGGUGGAGAUAAUCAACAAGAAAAUCUGGAGGGAGAUCACCAAAGGCCUGAACCUGCCCACGUCCAUCACCAGUGCUGCCUUCACUCUCAGGACCCAGUACAUGAAGUAUCUAUAUGCCUAUGAGUGUGAGAAGAAAGCCUUGAGCUCCCCAGCUGAACUACAGGCUGCCAUUGAUGGCAAUCGUCGGGAAGGUCGGAGGCCCAGCUAUAGCUCCUCCCUCUUUGGCUAUUCUCCUGCCACUGCUGCUGCUGCUGCUGCUGCCGCUGCUGCUGCUGCUGCUAGUGCUGCCACUGCUGGGACCCCUGCCCUUCUGUCGCCUCCCAAGAUCCGAUUCUCCAUCCUUGGACUUGGCUCCAGCAGUGGUACCAGUGCCAGUAGCCCUCGGAUAUCCCCAGCAUCUACUCUCAGGAAAGGUGAUGGAGUCCCAGUGACAACAGUGCCUGUGCCAAAUCGCCUGGCUGUGCCUGGGACUUUGGCAGGCCAGCAGGCUGGCAACCGGACAGGCACACUGGAGCACCUACGGGAGCGUCUAGAAUCAGGGGAGCCCCCUGAGAAGAAGACAUCAAGGUUGUCGGAGGAGGAGCAGCGCCUGGUGCAGCAGGCCUUCCAGCGCAACCUCUUCAGCAUGGCACGGCAGCUCCCCAUGAAGAUCAGAAUCAACGGCAGGGAAGACAGAGCAGAGGCUUCGGCUGCAGCACUGAACCUGACCACAAGCAGCAUUGGAAGCAUCAAUAUGUCUGUGGAUAUUGAUGGCACCACCUAUACAGGUGUGCUAUUUGCCCAGAAACCAGUGGUCCACCUCAUUGCAGGCUCUGCUCCCCAGAGCAUUGGCAGCGGCACCAGCAGCAGCAGCACCAGCUCUCACUGCUCACCAAGUCCUACCUCAUCCCGGGGCACCCCCAGUGCAGAGCCCUCCACCAGCUGGUCCCUCUGAUGAGCAGCACCCAGCACCCAUUUCCUACUCUCCUGCAGAGAGUAAGGGAGAUUGAUGCACAGAAUUUACCUCAUCUCGUGGAGCCCACAUCAGAUACCAUCUGGCCAGAUGUUGAAUUUGGAAGUGUUCAUCUGCUCAGGCUCCAUUCAGGUUCUGCUGUACUCUGGGGACA